UGAUACCCAAGUCAAGUCUACCCCCAAACCACCUUCAAAGACUUCGACUUCACUUUUACUUGACUUGCACACCUCGGAUCCAAACUCUCUCUCAUUCUCACACUGGUUUGUGACUUCAAACAGAAUCCCUGCAGAAAGAUCAAGCACUGUCGAUUAUCAGGUGGGUAAGUGCCAAAAAUUGCAGCUUUCGUCUUCUAUGUUAUGUUCGAGAGAGUUGAUGUGAUUUUUAACUUGUGGGUUGCUGAUACAUCCUUGCUGAAAUAGAUAGUUUUCGAGAUCUGGAAACAUGGAGAGUGUGUCUCUGGCUAUGCUUCUUUUGAUGUGUUGUGGGUCAUUGACAUUGGGGUCAUCAAAUCCGUAUGUCAUUAGAAGUUUGGAUUUUGCGACUCCAGUGGCCGAAUCCGAAUCCUCUAAGACCUACGAGUAUGAGAGAAUAGAUGAAGUCAAGAAGCAUUGUGCUUUUGUUCUAUCUUUUGCCACUGAAUUGAAACCUGAUAAUAAUAGGGUUCAUAGGAUCAGAGAAGAACUCAAGUUUGGGAAUGGGGAUUGGAAUCAAGACGUAGGCAACGCGCCUAUUAUGCCUUUCAAUGACAGAGACAUACCAAAUAGCUUGUCCCUAAGCCAUUUGAACAUAGUUUCUUUAUGGGUCACUGAUGUUGACAUUGCUCAUCAAUCUAAGCAGUCUGUAAGUGUGAGUGGGGUUUUGGCCAUAGGCAGAACAAGGGACAUUUCAGAUGCAGAAAGACCGUAUGGGGAAAACCCGCAGUUUCAGAUGUGGCCUGGCCAUAGUCAACUAACAAUAUUGUUUGAGGGGAUUUAUGCUGAGACCAAAAAGAAUGGUGGUGAAAGAGUGAUGUGUAUGUUAGGUAAUGCAAUGUUGCCAUCCAGGGAGUCAGAUGGAAGUGAACCAUGGGGAUGGAUGAAGGCUUCCGGUUCCAAUUACAGCCAGCCACCGCUUUCGCAAGAUGAUCAGAUUCUUCUUGUUCUUCACUAUCCCAUGACCUUCACGUUGACGAGCAGGGCAAUACAAGGGGAAAUGAGAAGCUUGAAUUCAAAAUCAAACCUUAAGUACUUUGAUAGCAUUCACAUUUUGUCACAGUUAGGCGAUUCAGCAAAGUAUGAGUUUCUUUCUAAGGCAAUAGUUUCCAAAGCUUGUGAUCCAUAUCCAUCCCAAGAUAACUUGACAAAUGAUGGCAUUGAGAUAUAUAAAGGAAAUAGAUUCUGUGAAAUUCUUCAGCAAGUUACUCAGGGUGGAGCUUUCACUAUUGUGCCAAACUGGAGAUGCAAUGGCACAGAUGAAUUCUGUAGUAAAUUGGGUCCGUUCGCUUCAGAUAAAGAAAUUAGAGCAACUGAUGGGAGCUUCAAAGAUGUGCGACUUUUUAUGCAGAAUCUCAAGUGUGAGGAAGCACUUAUACAGGGCAAUGUUAGUUCUGCAAGAGUUGCUGCAAUAUUUCGAGCCUCCCCUCCAUCUGCUAAUGAGUAUUCUGCUGGUUGGAGAUCAGACCCAAGCAACAUGACUGUUGCUGCUGAGGGACUCUGGAAGUCUUCUAGUGGUCAGCUUUGCAUGAUUGGUUGCCCUGGAUUAGUUGAUUCAGAAGGUAGUAGCUGUAAUUCUCGUAUUCUGUUGUAUGUCCCACUUUCUUUUUCAAUAAAACAAAGAAGCAUAAUUCUUGGGAGCUUUUCCAGCACUAAUGAUAGUGAUGCAUCAUAUUUCCCUUUAUCAUUUGAAAAGCUAGUGCAGCCGAUGGAGUUGUGGAAUUAUUUCAGAAGCUCGCGUCCAUAUUAUAGGUAUUCAAAGUUAGAGAAAGCUGGGGUUCUGUUGGAAAAAGAUGAGCCCUUCAGUUUUGGAACUGUCAUCAAGAAGUCACUUCUGCAGUACCCCAAACUAGAAGACACGGAGUCAUUCAUGAACAGUCUUUCUCUUCUCUCAGAAGAUUUGACACUCCACAUUUCGGCAGUGCCUGAUCCUUUGUCAAAUUCUCGGACCAAAAGAGUCAAUGUUCAAGUGGAGAUUCUUUCAAUUGGCCCAUUGUUUGGGCGCUACUGGUCUUGGAAUAACACAUCAACCACAGAAGAGGAUAUUCCUUACCACACUGACAUUCAAUACACAGAGAAACAGCUUCUCAUGAAUGUAUCAGCUCAACUGACACUUAUUGGAGAAGGCUAUCACAACUUUUCUGUGGUUUUUCUGGAGGGUCUUUAUGAUCCACAUGUUGGCAAGAUGUAUCUAAUUGGUUGCAGGGAUGUUCGAGCCUCAUGGAAUAUCUUAUUUGAGAGCAUGGGUCUUGAGGGAGGGCUGGAUUGUCUUAUUAAUGUGGUUGUAGCUUACCCACCCACUACUGCUCGGUUGUUUGUCAAUCCAAAAGCUAGGAUUUCCAUAUCCAGCCAAAGAACUGAGGAUGAUCCCCUCUAUUUUAAAACGAUUAACCUCCAAACUUUUCCUAUUAUGUACAGGAAGCAGCGCGAAGACAUUCUCUCUCACAGGGGUGUUGAAGGAAUCCUUCGGACAUUGACACUUUCUUUUGCAAUUGCUUGCAUUUCAAGCCAACUGUUUCACAUCAAGCAUAAUUUGGAUUCUGUUCCUUUCAUCUCUCUUGUCAUGCUAGGUGUCCAAGCUCUUGGGUAUUGCGUUCCCUUGAUUACAGGUGCAGAAGCUCUGUUCAAGAGAAUGGCUUCUGAAUCGUAUGAAAGUUCAUCAUAUGUUCUUGAGAAGAAUCAGUGGAUCCAUAUAAUUGAUUAUGCAGUGAAGAUUCUUGUAAUGGUUUCAUUUUUACUAACUCUAAGGCUUUGUCAGAAGGUGUGGAAAUCUCGCAUCAGGUUACUCACACGGACCCCUCUUGAACCGCACCGUAUCCCAAGUGAAAAGUGGGUAUUUCUUGGUACAUUGACCAUUCAUGUUAUCGGAUAUGUAUUCGUUCUCAUCAUAAAUGUGGCAAAAAUCAGCCAGACAUCACUUAGAACGGUAUACAUUGAUCCAGCUGGUUAUUCCCACAAUGGGAAGGAAUGGGAAAUCGAGCUAGAGGAAUAUAUGGGUCUUGUUCAGGACUUUUUCUUGCUCCCCCAGGUUAUUGGAAAUUUGCUGUGGCAGAUUGAUUGUAAGCCACUCAGAAAACUAUAUUUCAUCGGGAUCACAGUGGUCAGACUUCUACCUCAUGUUUAUGAUUACAUCAGAACUCCUUUUCCAAACCCUUACUUUGAUGAGGAUUAUGAGUUUGUUAAUCCCAAUUUGGACUUCUUCUCUAAAUUUGGGGAUGUUGCCAUACCUGCAACUGCAAUUUUUCUUGCAGCUAUAGUCUAUAUUCAACAGAGGUGGAGUUAUUUGAAGCUGAGCCAGGCUCUUACAUUUGGUCACUGUAGGCUGCUACCUAUGGGUUCCAGAGGGUAUGAGAGGUUGCCUUCCAAGUCAUUUGAAGCUGAGCUUGUUUCUGGUGUCGAUGGGAAUGCAGCGCAUGAGACAGGGCGUGACGAUGAAGAAUAACUUAAACUCCUUUUUAAACAACUUACGGAAAAUCUUGCAGUAAACUUCACCAACAGAGAUGUUGUGUCGCUAACGAGUUGCCAAUAUAGGAUACUGUGGAUUGUCUGUCAAACAUCUUGGACAUUGAUGUAUCUGUAGGAAAUGAAAUAAUAUUACCUUGUGUUGUGUGAAAUUCACUGUAAGUGCAGUUUCUGUUUCUUUGAAUACUUUUAAAUCUUGUACUUUGAUUUAGAAAUGGAUAUCAGUUGAGAACAUGUAUAAUUUUCAUUGUCAAUGUUCUAAUGCAUACCACUCCUAUAUC